AUGAAGGCAAGGGGUGACAAACUGGCCUUUGUUGGUGAUGACACCUGGGAGCAAUUGUUUCCUGGCACCUUCAACAUCGCCCUUCCGUACCCAUCCUUCAACGUCAAGGACCUAGACACUGUUGACGAUGGCGUAUGGGAGCAUCUCCUGCCAUUGGCCCUGAACCGCACGGGCGACUGGGAUGUGCUGAUCGCGCACUACCUGGGCGUGGAUCACGCAGGGCACACGUUUGGGGUCCAGAGUCCCCAGAUGGUGAGAAAACUGCACCAAAUGGACGACCAAAUAUCGGAGACAGUGAUGGCCAUGGUGGAUGCCGCUGGGCCAGGCGACGUCCAUGAAGACACACUGCUGCUUGUCUUUGGCGAUCAUGGCCAGACGCUUAACGGUGACCACGGUGGUGGAUCUGACGAAGAGGUCGACACAGCACUCAUAGCCUUCAACCUCGGUCGACUGCACAGCCUCAGAUCGCCGCCCACACCUGCCCCACAAAUGGCACCGCAACCGAACUCGGAAUCGCAAUUACAAUCUCAAUUGCCGGUGGCGGCUGCUGUGGACGAAUGGCCUGAUCUCGAUGUUGUCAGUACGGUUGAUCAGGUCAACCUUGUGCCUACGCUGGCACUGAUGAUGGGCCUGCCGAUCCCGUUUGGAAAUGUGGGGUCCGUUUCUGAGGAGCUGUGGGGAGUGGCAGAGGGAAGGGGUGGGGAUGCCAACGCGGGGAGUUUGCAGCGGGCAGUAGAAGUCAAUGCUUGGCAGGUGCACAGAUAUUUAAACACCUAUGCUGCCACGGGCGCUCACCUUGACCCCACCAGCCUGUCAGAGACCAACGCACUCUUCGAACUCGGGGCACUGUCAUCCAAGUCAGGGCCGGAGGGAGACGGCGCCAUGGCUGCCCACCAGGCCUUCCUCUCGAGUGCAGCGCGCCUUGCCCGGCAGCAAUGGACCCAGUUCCACAACGGCCCGAUUGCAGUUGGCAUAUCGAUCCUGCUCACUUGCCUUGCUUGGCAAGCUUGGCUGGCAUGGUCACUGGGCCGUACGUCCUGGCUGCAAGGUCCCAAGACACACUUCCUGGACGCCUCCCUCUUGGCCGUGGCUGCCCUCCAUGCCAUCGCCAUCUUCUCCAACAGCUUUGUGAUGGCGGAGGGCAGGAUGGUGGGCUUCCUGCUUGCGGGCGUUUUGCUGCUGUUCCUUAGGGCCCGCCUGGCAUUCGAACUGCUUGUCAGCGGCCGCAACAGAAGGCUUGGCUUGGGUGCAUGUGGAGUGGUUUGUCAGGGGCUGGCGCUGCUGGGGAUCAACGCGGGGAUGGAGGCCAUCGGGCUGGUGGACCGCACCGGGGGCAACCCAUUUGACAAGUCUUCUUAUCAGCCUGGUGGCCUCGGCGUGGCGGGCUGGCUGGAAAAGGUCCCAAUGUACUGCGCCCUCUUGGCCACCCCAGCCGUGGUGGUUGGGGCCCGCCGGCAGGAAAGCACCUGUUGGCCGGAGCACGCACGCCGCCUGGUGUACUCCGCAUUCAGCCUUGUGAUAGCAUGGUGGGCGGUGCACGACGCCGGGCUACCCAUAUCCACUUCCCUCACAGAUCUUUGGGCCAAUUGCGGUCCCCCAAGCGGAUGGCAGAUUCAGAUGCCUGGCAUGGACCUGAGGGUUGUUAUGGAGGCUGCGCAAGAUGGCGCUGCUGCUGCACUUGAAUGGUGGCCGUGGGGGAAUGUGUGGCAGGAUGCCUUCGCGCCGCUGGUCCAGAUGCCGCUGGCCGAUCUGUUGCCAAGAGUCGUCUAUGGCCUGUCGCUAACGUGCGUCAGCGGGACAGUGGCAGCUACGGCGUGGCGGCAUGGGCACCCGGGGGAGGGAUGUGGCCUGACGAUCAGGCCGCUGGUGGGAGCGGUGCUGGCGCCACUGGUGCUGGUGUCCGGGCGCGUGGGCUGCCUGGUGGGGUUCCUUGGGGCCCUGCAGAUGCGCCUGUUCCUGGGCAUGGCGAGCACACAGCCACGGGGCGGGACCCGGGGCCUGGACGAGGGGGCCCCGGGGCCCAGUGACGGGGUCUUGGAGCCCAGCGAGGGAACCUUAGGGCCCAGCAAGGGAACCUUGGGGCCCGGCGAGGGAACCUUGGGGCCCGGUCAGGGGUCCUUGGAGCCCGGUGACAGAGGGUUUGCAUCGGCGUUGUGCGUGGCGGGCGUGUGGUCACUGUUCGGCACCCAGGCCUUCUUUUUCAGCGGCCACUUUUGCGAGUUCUCUGGCCUGCAGUACAACUCGGCCUUUGUCGGCUUCGGUGAAUUUUCGUUCUUCGUGUCCGGGGCGCUGCUGGCGCUCAACACGCUGGGCCCCCACCUCCUGGCGGCCCUCUCGCUCCCACUCGCGGUCCGGGGCCUCAAGGCCCGACACCCGACCAGCCCCCCUGGCCUAAGGAACCGCCCAGAUCCAAAGAGACCGCCAGGUGCCCGGGCUAGCCAUUCGGCAGAGGUGGCGGAAUUCAGGCUGCUGGCCGUGGUGUACGGCCUGCUGAGGGCGUUGACUGCACUUGCGUCUGUUGUGUCUGUGGCCAUCCAGAGGCGGCACCUGCUGGUGUGGGCCGUGUAUGCGCCCAAGUUCGUCUUCGAGGCGUGCUUCCUGCUGGUGACGGACGCGGCGCUGGUGCUGGCCAGCUGGCUCGUGGCGGCGGGGGGAUGA